AUGAUUAAACAACAGCAACCACAGCAACUUAAGACACAAAGCACCCAGGUCCCUCAGACCAUUACAUACGCCAUAUAUGCAUAUAAUUCAAAGACGGCAGAACAAACGCAAAGGUUGAAAUAUGGAGAUUUGGAGAUAGUAUUGAAAAAUGACCAUUUCGAAUUCGUUUGCAAGGGUGGUGCAGUGAUAUCAAAUAUAAAAGAAAUUUUAUUUAUGAAUUCAAAAAUUAAAGGUAUAACGGAUGAUAUAACAUCAAUUCCACCAGAAGAACAAAGAUAUUACGCAUUAAAUGCAUUUCCUAAAGUUUUGAAGAUUGGAAGAUUUAAUUUAAAUGAGGAAUUCAUAAAAGGUUUCCUAAAUGACAUAAUGAAGAAAGCAGAUAAGGAAUAUGUGGAUAGUGAGUUAAAUAAGAAGGCAGAUAAGGAAUGUGUUGCUGCUGCGUUAGAGAAGAAGGCAGAUAAGGAAUAUGUGGAUGAAAAAGAUAAUGAAAUUAAAGAAAGUGUUGAAUGGUAUCAUGAAUGGACAUCAAAGAUUUUAAAAACUAAAGCCGAUACAGGAUGGGUUUCAGGAUGUUUAGACCUUAAAGCAGAUAAGGAAUAUGUUGACGCUGAAUUAAAGACUAAGUUAGAGAAGAAGGCAGAUAAGGAAUAUGUGGAUGAAAAAGAUAAUGAAAUUAAAGAAAGUGUUGAAUGGUAUCAUGAAUGGACAUCAAAGAUUUUAAAAACUAAAGCCGAUACAGGAUGGGUUUCAGGAUGUUUAGACCUUAAAGCAGAUAAGGAAUAUGUUGACGAAAUAUACCAAAGUUUGAUAGGAACAAAAAAUAUUGAAACUAUUGUUGGUGACUUUUCUGUCAAUGAAGAAAAUAAAUAUUUUAGAUGGCAGUUUGUACACUCCUUAAAAAAUGGUAUACGGUGGAAACUCAUUCCGAAAAAUAACAAUGAAAUGUAUGUAAGUUAUAAAAAGAAUGAUGACACACAAGUUAAAGUUCCAUUAGACAACAACUGUUACUUAAACUUAUAUGGAGACGAACAAAAGAAAUAUUUAAGAGUUUAUGAAAUGGCAGA